UACUACUACCCAGUACUCACUUCUUGAUCAUCUCUGCCUUUCUUUAUACAUAUAAUCUCUUCAACUGUAAAAAGAGGGGAGAAGAAAUAAAUAAAUCAAAAAACUCUCCCUCUCUCUCUCUCUCCAUCCUUUUCUUGCUUUCUUUGUAUACAAAAACCUCACUUUCUUGCUUAUUAUUGUUUCCUUGUAAUCUCUCUCUCUCUACAAUCUAACUAUCUAUUUAUAUAUCUAUAUCCAUGUUUUUAUAAUCUUCUUUCUUUCUUUCUUUCUUUCUUUUUUUCUUUCUCGACAUACAAAUAGAGAACAAGGAAAAAAGAUUACAUUUUAAAACAUGGCGUUUCAUCAUAACUUGUCUCAAGAACUUCCUCUUCACCAUUUCGCUGACCAAACCCAGCAGCAGCAGCAGCAACAUCAAAAUAUACAAGAAACAACCAGUGCUUCUCCUCCAAAUUGGCUAAACACAGCUCUUCUCCGUACACAACAACCGCAGCAACAACAACCACCGCCACCACAUCAUUCUCACUUCACAGAUACUAAUAAUUUCUUAAAUCUUCACACGACUUCUACUACAAACUCCGAUUCUACUGCUUCUCAAAACCCAACUCAAUGGCUUUCUCGUUCCUCUUCAAUUCUUAAUCGUAACCAUAGUGAUGUUAUGGAUGAUGUUACUGCAGUUGCUGCAACUGCUGCUGAUUCUAUAAUUGCGGGUACUAUUUCACAAGAAUCUACGGAUUUGAAAACAAAUAUCAAUAACAAGAGUGAAGGUGGAGUUGUUGAGAGUGGUAGUGGUGGUGGAGAAGGAGUGGUCAAUUGGCAGAAUGCAAGAUAUAAAGCUGAGAUACUUUCACAUCCUUUGUAUGAUCAGUUGUUAUCUGCACAUGUUGCUUGUUUGCGGAUCGCUACACCGGUUGAUCAGUUGCCAAGAAUUGAUGCCCAGCUUGCUCAAUCUCAGCACGUAGUGGCUAAAUAUUCAGCCCUUGGUCAGGGCUUGGUUGCUGAUGAUAAGGAGCUUGAUCAGUUCAUGACACAUUAUUUUCUGUUGCUUUGCUCUUUUAAAGAACAACUGCAACAACAUGUUAGAGUCCAUGCGAUGGAAGCAGUAAUGGCCUGCUGGGAGAUAGAGCAAUCUUUACAAAGCUUAACAGGAGUUUCUCCUGGAGAAGGAACAGGCGCAACAAUGUCCGAUGAUGAUGAUGACCAAGUAGAUAGUGAUGCUAAUUUGUUUGAUCCAAGUUUGGAUGGUGCAGAUACCAUGGGAUUUGGUCCCCUCAUUCCAACAGAGAGUGAGAGGUCUUUAAUGGAGCGGGUGAGGCAUGAACUGAAGCAUGAACUAAAGCAGGGUUAUAAAGAAAAAAUUGCUGACAUCAGAGAGGAAAUUUUGCGCAAGAGAAGAGCAGGAAAGCUACCUGGGGACACCACUUCUGUCUUAAAAGCUUGGUGGCAAUCACAUUCAAAAUGGCCUUAUCCUACUGAGGAAGAUAAGGCUAGAUUGGUCCAGGAAACAGGAUUGCAAUUGAAGCAGAUAAAUAAUUGGUUCAUCAACCAGAGGAAGAGGAAUUGGCAUAGCAAUCCUUCAAGUUCAACUGUACUGAAAAGUAAACGCAAAAGAAGUAAUGCAGGUGAUAAUAGUGGCGAUCGUUUCAUGUAAAUGAAAGAAUGAUGUUUGCUCACGCUUCUGCACUAGCAACCGAUAUAUCCAAAAACAUUACAUAAACAGAAACUGCAGUAACAGUACAGAGCUUUGUGGCGGUCAACUGAAUUUGAGUGAAGGGGAACCGCAUAUUUUGCUUCUAGAUAAAAGUCUAACAUAGAGGAUGGGGAAAGGCUUAAAGACAUUACGCAUGCAGAUGGUAGAAAACAUGUGAUAUUGCCGCUUUAUUCAGAAUUUCAAAGAUUUUAAGAGAAUUUAUUUACUGAAGCUGAGUUAGAUAGCAGCAUUUUAUAUGUGCAUUUGCAGCUCUUUAUGAUUUUUGUUUAUAUCUGUGAAUAAGAUCAAUUAAAAGCGAUAGGUGGUUAUGGGGUGUACAGUGUAAUGAUCUUUUUUUUGCAUGCUUCCUUAAGGAUCAUUAUAAGAUUAUAGCUCUUUCUUUCCCAUUGUGGAUGUAGAAUUGAAAUUUGCAGCAACUAUAUGGAAUUUAGAUUUUUGUUUUCACAGCUAA